AUGCUAGUAAACAUACUGGGCAUUUGCCUUCUGGCCGUGGCCUGCCAGGCGAUAUUCCCGAUCCACCAUCAUAUUCACCAUCCAGCUAUUUCACACCAGGAGUACCAAAAGCACGACGGUCACCACCACCCAAUACCAAUACAUCAUGUACCAAUCCACGUACCUCCAAUUCAUCACCACGCCCCGUUUAUUCACCACGCUCCGAUUCAUCAUAUUCCACAUUAUGACCAUUAUACUUUCCCUGAGUAUAAAUUUGAAUACUCAGUACACGAUCACCACACCGGCGACGUGAAGUCCCAACAUGAAGUAAGACAUGGUGAUCUCGUGAAAGGCGGCUAUGAGCUGAUAGAGCCUGACGGUAGACACCGAAAGGUUGAAUAUAAGGCUGAUGAUCACACCGGUUUUAACGCCAUCGUACAUCAUUCCUCGCCGCAUCAUCAUGUUCAUCUCGCCCAUCACCACAUUUAA